AUGACUGGAAGGAGCAAAAGAGGCCAUAACAAUGACAACUCUGGCCAUCACAGGGACAGAAAUGUUAAACGUGGAAGAACAGAGCUAAGAACAGUAACAAGAACUUCCCAAAGACCAAAAAGAGAUGAUAAGGAGAAGAACCAUUCAAUUCAAACAAUUGACAAUGGUGAUACCCUUAAAGACCAAAGUGACAGCAAAAUGGAAGAUGUGUCUGAGGAAGAGGAUCUUAGUGGAAAAGCUUACUCUGCAUUGUUGACAUUACUAAAAUCAAAGAACAAGGAAAAAUCCAACUUGGAGCAAAAUGAAACAAAGAUAGCUCAAGAGGAGCAAAACCAGGAUGCAAACGCAGAAGAUGAUGAAGAACUUGCUGGGGAAAAUUUUGCCGAGGACAACGAAGAAUCAGAAAGCGAAUCAGAAAAUGAAGAAGAAGACUCACCAGCAGAGUUGGCAAUUGACCCUUUUGAAGUACACUUCAACCAGCCUAGUGAUGAAUAUUUGGAAAAGGAAGAGAAAUUGGUUAUAAAAGAGCAUAAUAAGUGGACCACUCUGUCGAAGGUGACCUACGAGGACUUAUCUUUGAGUUCAACAACGUUAUCACCCCCUGGAGAAACUAUAACUCAUGUGAAUAAUAAGAAAGACACCUCCACCAUUAAAGAUUUCAAGUCAUUAAAAAUGAGAGUGUUGGACGCAUAUGAAAAUGAAUUUGGGGAAGAUGUUACGAAAUUGGAUUCUAUCCUUCUUCAGCCUAUAUUAAACUACCAAGAUGUUAACUAUCAAUAUAAAACAUACGCAAAUAAGACUUACAAGAAGCUCUAUGCAAUGCACGCAUUAAAUCAUAUAUACAAGACCAGAGAUAGAAUUAUCAAAAACACUGCUAAAUUGCACCAGGCAGCAGAGAACAAUCAGGAUUUGGAAUUGAGAGAUCAGGGCUUUACUCGUCCAAAAGUAUUGAUUCUUUUACCAUCAAGAGAAGCGUGUCAUACAUUGGUUGAAUUAUUGAUUAAAUUAUCAGGUACGACCCAACAGGAGAAUAAGAAAAGGUUCACUACUCAAUUCCAUGCCAAGGACGUCCCCAGAAGCAACAAACCACAGGAUUUUCAAGAUGCAUUCAAGGGGAACAACAACGAUUAUUUUUGCAUUGGGUUGAAGUUGACACGUAAGUCUUUGAAGUUGUACUCAUCCUUUUAUACCUCAGAUAUUAUCAUAGCUUCUCCACUUGGAUUAUCGAUGAUUUUGGAAAACCCAGAUAAAAAGAAGCGUCAAUAUGAUUUCAUUUCAUCAAUUGAAGUGCUUAUUGUUGACAGAGCUAACCAAAUUGAGAUGCAAAACUGGGAUCAUGUAAAUACAAUUAUGAAAUAUAUCAACAAAGUGCCUAAAGAUUUCCAUGAUGCUGAUUUUAGUAGGAUUAGAAUGUGGAGCAUCAAUGAUCAAGCCAAGUUGUUGAGACAAACGUUGGUGUUUUGUGAGUACUUGACUCCGUCAAUUAACAACCUUGUUUCGUCAAAAUCUUUCAACCUACUGGGUAAGACGAAGUUCAAGCCAAUCAUCAUUUCUGAAACAAGCAUCAUGAACUCCAUUGGUAUCAAGAUCAAGCAAAUUUUUCAGAGAUUCCCCAGUGAAUCGCCCGCUACUGAUCCUGAUAGUAGGUUCAAGUUUUUCAUCAAUUCAGUACUCCCUAACUUACUAAAAACCACAUCUUAUGAAGAUGGUAUAAUGAUCUACAUUCCAUCCUACUUUGACUAUCUUCGUAUCAAAGAUUAUUUUAAGACGUCGACAAAGUUCAACUUUGGUGCAAUUGACGAAUACAGUUCUCAAUCCAAAUUGACUAGAACGAGACACGAGUUCGCAAAUGGUAAAAUCAAAAUCAUGCUAUACACAGAGAGAUUACAUUACUUCAGAAGAUAUGAAGUCGGUGGAGUUAAAAAUAUCAUCAUGUAUGCACCACCAACAAACCCUAUAUUCUAUAAAGAGUUGAUUCGUUUCAUUGCCAAAUCAGUGUUCAAAGAUGAAUGUGAUUUGAAUUUAGUCACUGUGAAGAUUCUUUACUCGAAAUGGGAUGCGACUGCUUUGGACAGAAUCGUGGGUAAUGAGCGUGCUCCAAUCCUUUGUCAUUCAAGAAAUGAAAUGUAUGAAUUUAGGUAG